AUGCUUAACGUAGUUGAUGAUAAUAUGCAUAUUUUCCAUUUGAAUUAUACAGUUCAACCCAUAAUUCAGUCUCACCCCAAAAGAGUCCAGGCAGAUGAAGGCAAAACAGCGAAGCUGUUCUGUGAAUACCUCGGGAGUCCAUACCCCAUCACUUCUGUCCACUGGCUCAAGGAUGGCAAAAGGAUAGAGACGUCCCGUUCUCGCUUUGUUGUUCAUCCGGACAAUGGAACUUUGUUCAUCCAUGGGAUUCAGCUUGGGGACUCGGGAAUGUAUCAGUGUGAAGUAAAAACAAAAGGAUUUCCUUCCAUCCAGUCCUCAAAUGCCCCGUUUAUUGUCAAAGAAAAGCUGAAGUUUGCUCCUCCUCCAGUCAGUAAAAACUUAGAACUUGGGUCUAAUGCCAAGAUAUACUGUAAAGCACGAGGAGCUGUUCCACCAACAGUAAAGUGGACAAAGGAGGGAAGUAAAUACUUUGAGUGGCCACCACAUAUUAAAGAUGAAAAUGGAACUCUGUAUUUUAAUGGUGUUCAACAGAGUGAUGCAGGAAACUACACUUGUUUUGCAUCCAGCACUCAGGCAUUCAUUAAUACCACUAUACAUGUUGAAGUCAUUGUUCUGCCAACUUUUACGGUAAGGCCAGCAGAAACCAUUGCUUAUGAAGGAUAUCCCAUCAUGCUUCACUGUAAAGCCACAGGUGAUCCACCACCUAGCAUCCAGUGGGACAAGGACAAUGUACUUAAUGGCUUUGACAAAAAGCGGUUUCAGGUUCUGCCCAAUGGAACACUCUAUAUUAGUGAAGCUCAUAAGAAUGAUAAAGGAAAAUAUGGGUGUACUGCUGGAAAUAGUGGAGGUUUCCGCAGAACAGAAGUUAAACUGUUUGUUGAAAGUGGAGAAAAUUACAACCCUAACCAGAUUGGUGCUGGAUUGGAUGAGAACACUAUGACCAAAACAGUUACUAUAACUCUUGGUGCUGCAGCAAUCUAUAUGGUACUUGUUAUGGGUUUAAUGAUCUGGUGUCGGUUCAGACGUGCAAAACAAAAGGCUUUACUUCUUGCGCAGACAACAAAUGAAGUGAUCAAGCCUGAAAAUGGGAUAGUUGUACAAAAUGCAGACCUGAAAGAGAAAAAUGGAUCUAUUAAGAAAGAUCGCAAAAAUGAAAGGUCAACUAAAAGUGAUGGAGAGAGUCAUUCACACAGUUCAAGCUCUCAUUCACACCAUUCCAAGCGUAGUAGGUCUUCAUAUGACCGAUUACUGUUUCCACGCCAUGACCUUCAGACUAUCAUGGUUUUAGGUGAGAAGACUAAUUGGAGUAAGGCUUUAAUUUCCGGUUUUUUUAUUUCUAUCCUUUAUCCUUGGUUGGCAUGAAAAAUUUAGAACCUCCAGUUUCUGAAUUUGUGUUGUUGUUUUAUUUUUUUCGAUUUAUCGAUAAAAUACAAAUAAUAAAAUUAUGCAAUGAGGUUGGAAAAAGCUAUUUCUAUUGAGGAAGUUCCUGAAAAAUAACAUUUUGUUUUUAAAUCGUACUAUCUCCAACUAAGUUCCCUAAAAUGGUUGAAAACUCAAAAUGAGCAUGCAAGAGCCUAACGUUUUAGUAUAGUAAUAUAAUGCACCUGGUACUCACAUGUAUCGUUGUUUUUUGUGUUCUGUUAAAUUAUCUGAAGAAAAUA